AUGAAAGAAACCUACCCUAUUUUGUGCCAUUUUACAUGGGUGGUGGAGCGCUGUCCAAUCUCCGAUCUGCUGGUCAGGGCCAAAGACAAAGAUGACCUUGGCAGAGGUGGUCAAAUCAGUGUGGCUACAAACUUUAGGCUAAUGUUGUCUAUUCUGUUUAUUCCAAGCACUGCAUCAGUUCACACUUUGAGAUAUUUUUACACUUCAUCAUUUCAAGUUCCAAACUUCUCAAAGUAUGUUUCUGUGAACGACCUUCAGAUCAUUCAUUACGACAGUGACACAAAGAAAUUGGUCCCCAAACAAGAGUGGAUGAACAAACUCACAGAGGAGGACCCUAGGUACUGGGAAAGAAACACUCAGAGGUGUUUGGAGAAUGAGCAGGCGGGAAAAGGAAACAUAGAAACUGUGAAACGCCGCCUUAAUGUGACCGGAGGUUUGUGUUGUCUGCAGAAGCUCUAUGGCUGUGAAUGGGACAAUGAGACUAGUGAAAUCAGAGGAUAUGAGCAACACUCUUUUGAUGGAGAAGAUUUUAUUUCAUUGGAUUUUGACCCUGAAACUUUUGUCGCUCCAAAACAACAGGCUUUUAUCACCCAACUGAUAUGGGAGAGGGAUGGAGAGGCUGUCAGAGUGAAACACUACAUCAUCCAUGAAUGUGCUGAGUAUCUGAAGAAAUAUGUGCGCCACGGAGAGAGCGCUCUGAACAGGAUAGAGCUCCCCCUGGUGUCCCUGCUGCAGAAGUCCUCCUCAGCCCUAGUCACGUGUCACGCCACAGGCUUCUACCCCGACAGAGCCAUGCUGUUCUGGACCAAAGACGGAGAUGAGCUGCUGGAGGACGUGGAACUUGGAGAGAUCCUGCCCAACAGAGAUGGGACCUUCCAGACUAGUGUGUCCCUGGACCUGUCCUCUGUCCCCCCUGAGGACUGGGACAGGUACCACUGUGCAUUCCAGUUGUCCGGGGACAAAAAUAAGUAUCUGAACAGACUGGACCAUUGCAUGAUCAGGAACAAUGACCACGAGGACCGGUCAGGCACAGCCCAAAGGAACGACGUGGGGCCGUCCUCCUGUGGACCCACCGCCUGCAGGCUGAUCCAUGAGAGGCUGGUGCAGAGAGAUCUGGGCAGCAGUCGAAGCGUGACUCACCUGUGCUGUCCCCUGUCUGUCUCAAAGAAGAACUGCACAGCUCUCAUCUCUCCUGUGUCGGCUGCUCUCGCUGUUGUUCUCACUGCUGCUGUCCUUGCUGUGGUCACCUUCAUCUUGUACAGGAGAUGUAAAGCUCCAAGUGAGCCAGAAGUGCAGGAGUUGAACCCUCAGCCACCAUGCCAUUUUGCCAAUCAACCCCCGUCACUGACACCGGUACGACGUGCUGUUCAAGGCGGUGGGGUCGUACGUGGAGAGGCGUUGGGAACCUUAUGGUUCUUGUUUGGAGCACUGCUGGAGCUGGCUAAAGCAGACAAGCCGCUGAUGCGUGUGACUGGGACUGGCCCCUCUCCUCCUCUGGACUACAGCGGAGUCUCUGCUCUCUGGGACUUCCACAGCAGCUCCAGGGCCCAGGAGCUAAGUGCGGCCCCAUUGCAGAGCCUCUGUCGGGGGGUGAUCCGCAGAGCACUGAGACCCUCUCCUCUGGAGCCUAAGGUCUGGACACUGGACUUACCCCUCGCCCUCAAGGACUACCUCCUGCUGAGCGAGCUGUGGCCCAUCCUAACUGUGCACUAA